UCAGGUAACAAAGAACACAAAUAUGUAUUAGAUAACACUUUUUGAUAAAUCUUUUAUCAACUGUGGAUCUUUGUACUGAUGAAAGAAGUUUCACUAGCUCGCUUCAAAUAAAAAAGAACAAAGAAGCCUUUCAAAUUUCAAUUGUCUAUUCUUACUAAUUAAUCCGCUCUCAAAGCUUCCUGGUAUGUAGCUGUCAUGUGACCAAAAAGUAAUUCUGAAAGAAGAUAUCUGACAAAUAACAACAAAAUACUGAACAUUUGAAAACAAAAACUGGUUAAUCGGGUUAACUGAUUACAUAUUAUGUAUACAUAUGUUAAUUAAUUUUUUUAAUUUAAUUUACUAAACAGUCUUUCUUCCAAAAUAACUUCAAAGACAAUUUUUAAAUUGUGGUGAUGAUCUAGUUUGGAUUAUACUGAAAACAUAUGUUUAAAAAAACGGACUAUGUCAAAGACAUCACUAAAUAAAAAAAUCAUUAAAAUAACACCAUACCCAGAUGAACUUGUUCCAUAUAAACGAGUUAAGUGCCCGUUAUGUGAUAAUGUUUUCUUAAACUCAGGAAAUUUGCUGAUGCAUUUAGCUCGUCAUCAUAAAAAUUUCAAUGGCAGCAAAGGUAGAAGGCUGGAGGCUCUGCCAAAAGAGGUUAAUGAAGAAGAGUAUCAGAAAUUAUAUUUUUGUCCAAUAGAAGACUGCAUAUACAAUGAAAGAGUUUUGAAUGGUGGAAGAUAUUUCACCAAUAUGAAGUACAUCAGACAGCACUAUCAAAAAGUUCACAUAGAGAAAUCUUUUGCCUGUAAAAAAUGUUCAAAAACUUUUUCAACAAUCGGAAUUCAAAGUGCCCAUGAAAUAAUAUGUGGCAAGAAAUUCGAAUGUGGAACUUGCGGCAACUAUUAUACGACAAGAGAAGCUCUUCUUACACAUACUAAACGGAAGAAACAUCAACCAUUUGAGGAAACUGAAAAGAAAACCGCAACCAAAGUACCCAUACCAAAAUUACAAAGCAGCAACCCAAUAGAAAAUCAUAACCCAACUAAUGAAAACAGUUCAGAAACUCAACAAAAAUUUAUGCAAAUACAGUAUUCAAAUGAAAAUAUCAACUUAAGCGAAAUAAAGGUAAACCCAAUUCAAUAUAUAUAUUUGGUUAAGGUGGCUUUUGAGGCUAAAGAUCAAGAAAGUCAAACCGAUGAGUUAAAUAUAGAAAACUCAUUCUCCAACGAACAGUACAAUACAAAUAUCUGUCCAGUAAAUGUAAAUGUUGUUGAAAACAAAAAAACAGAGGCUAAGGAAAUAGUAAUUUCAUCUUUGCAAGAAAGAGAUAUUUAUCAAAAUCAAGAUAAUUUCCAAUCAUAUUAUGAAGACUCUUGUUUCGAUCAGCUGGUUACUGAAACUAAUUUAUGUGAUAUAGAAACCCAAACAGAAAUACCAUCGGUUCUAGAUCAAUUAUUACACUAUUCUAACACUCACACGCAAACAUGCGACGAUUUUUUACAGGAACUUUGUUUAGCAGAUAUACAAACUCAAACAAAUUGGUCUAUAUCGAACGAUUCGUUUUGUAGUGAAACUAAUUCAAAAACAAAUGAAAUAAGUUACUAUGCUUCAAAAGAAAAUAAAGGGAAAAUUAAAAAAACUGAAAUAAACCAAGCAAAUGGUACAUCCGGCGCUCAUGAUGAGUUACUUGUUUCCACGGAAACCCAAACUAGUUUCACGCAAUGUUUGCUUGAAUGUGGAAAUGAUGAUAAUGUUACAAAUGCGGCUUCGUGUAUAACUCAACAUACUCAAACUGAUGAGUUAUUAUUGGAAGGUUUGUUUGGAUCACAGGACGAAAAUGAUUUCAUUGCAAAUUUUCAAUCGACACAUACACAAACAUGACGCGCAUUUAAUAUUUGAAGUAUGAAGCGAAUGUGGGGAGAAACUACAUCAAAACGAAAAUACAAACGACUUUAUUAAAUAUUUUUCUUGUGAUUUAUUCUUAAAACUAUUUUAUAAAAUAUUUAUUUGUGAUAAAACUAUAAUCAACACGUAACAUUUAAAACGAAAAGAAAGAUUUAUUUUAUUUUAGAGGUACUCAUCUCAAGAUCCGACCCAAUAAAAAUAUAGGAGUUUUACAAUUUUUCACACU